AUGGACAGCUCAUUCAUGGGGAAUCUCACAGAGAGUGUCAAUCGACUAACGCCAGCAUCGAUUGCCAUCUCAGUCGCUGUCUUGUUGGGCAGUCUCAUCACCAUUUGGCUUCAAAAUGGCUCUUCAACGCCAAAAGAGCUUCGCAAUCUUCGACGAGAAGGCGUGCUUUCAAGCAACAUGAAUGACCAAACCGAUUCCAAAUAUGACCUUCCCGAGAAGAACGAAAGCAGUGGCCCAAUCCGCGUCAAAGCGAUCUUCGUGCAUCCCAUCAAAUCUUGCGCGCCGGUCGAAUUGAACCGAGCGCAGCUCAUCAAGAGUGGCUUCGUCUGGGACCGUUGCUUUGCUCUGGCAACGGAAGUCAAUCGGGCAGAAUCAGAAGGAGGUCCAGUAUGGCGAUUCAUCAGUCAGCGCACUAAACCGCUCAUGUCGCAGAUAAAGACCGAACUGUGGCUAAGACCUGAAGGUCGCGAUGCGCAAUCUUCGUUCGAUCCAGUGGGAUGUCUCGUCUUCAAGUUCCCGGACCCAGAUCCUUUGAGUCUGCUUGACCAGCUCAAAGCACUGCUUUUUUCUCACCAAAAGACAAUUUCCGCUGUUGUACCGCUGUCUCCUGGUGAAAGCUAUCUCAAAAAGUAUGGAAUCACCAUGAAGAAAUUCGCCAUUCAUUCACGAGAAGCAGAGGGCCUGGAUAUGGGCAAUGCACCAUCAAUUGCUGACGCACUCCCCAAACUCAAGCGCUUUCUCAACAUCCCCAAUCAUCAAAAUCUUACACUUUUGCGAUGCACACCAAACACUCUCGUGCCAACGGAGAAGAACCUCGCACCGUUGGAACACAUUGGCAAACCGGCUAUUCAUGGUUACACAGACCAACAACCCGUGAAUGUGAACAAUCUCGCCUCCGUCCACGCCGUUUCCGCCCUUCUCCCCAAAGAAAACCAACCUCUCAAUGCGCUUCGCUUCCGCGCAAAUGUUUGGAUCACAGGUGCUCCAGCGUUUGACGAAGAAACAUGGAAACGAUAUCGCAUUGUACCAAAACAACAAGAUGCAGCCUUCCCUUCAUUCUCUGUCGUUUGCCGGACAUCGCGCUGCACAUUGCCGAACGUGGAUCCUCUCACUGGCAAAUUCGACACCGACAACCCGGGUGGUGGCAGAACGAGAGGGAAUGCGCAGCCUAGCUCGACGCUUGUCAAGCACCGAACGGUCGAGGAUGGAAACCCAAGGGCUCUGGGGUACCUUGGCAUGCACUGUGUGCCGGAGAAUGCAGGCUUGCAGCAGGCUGAGGACAGCAUUGAGAAUCUGUAUGUUCAAGUUGGUGAUGAGAUUGAAGUUCUUGAGCGCGGAGUUCAUUUAUACGGAUCGACUGCCAAUGACUACUAG